AUGUCGAGGGGGGGGUCUCUUUGGGGUGUGGCAAUUCGGAAAAAUGGUUGGUUGGUCUCGGCCCUUCACGAAGUUUUGUAGCAGAUUCACACUAUUUUUAUUAUUUAUUUUUAUUUUCCCUCCUAACCAACGCUGUCCAGGCUAGCCUUCUUGCAAGUGCGAUGGUUGAUCGUCUACCUGGCUAUUGAACUCGCGGAAUUGAUUAGUGGCUAAGCGAUUAAGGUAGUAGGUUCGUCUAGUCCUUCCUAUCCAUGCGAAAUAGUCUACACUGGGAAACUUAAGAAGGUGAUGGUUGGGGUGGCUGGUAGCGUCACACAGAGCCGCACAAGUGCCGUGGCUGAUACCGGCACGGUACAUACUUCAUUUUGUGGUCGGCUAUCAACAUCUCCCCAUGUUCCCCUGCAACAACACCCGCUGAACAGCUUGAACCAUUUCCUUCCCCCAAAAUAACCCAGCACCCGGCCCGCCCCAACUUAUACCCCACCCUCGGUCAGCGCUGGAAAUCUAAAGCUCACAUUAGCCUUUACCGCAUACCCCCCUAGGCAUCGCCCUAAGCGAGAACCAUGCCAGUGCAAUCCCCAUGGCGAGGCGGCUGCGACACAAGCCACGCUUGCUACUACGCUAACCGAGGCGAAGAGGGAGAAUGAGAAGCAAGACGCGAAGUUGAGAAAGAGGGGGACGUUAGAGGAAAUGAACAAGAUACUAAUGGCUCAGACUCAACAGACAAAGCCGGUAAUUUCAUUCGCGAUCGUAAAGGAGGAUGAGAGGAGUGCCCAUGGUCAGGAAAAGCGUAGAGGGGGAAGAGGGCGUGCAAUAGAGGGGAAGGAUAGGUGA